GUUUGGGGUGGAGAGUGGGAGUGGGGUGGGGUACAUAGGUUAGUAGUUAGCAGCAAAUUCCUGAACACAGCUGAAUCCAUGGCCGUCACAAAAUCUAUGGCACGCUUGAAUUUCUGCCGCUAUUUCCUCAGUUCAUUCUCUUCUCAGAGCAAAUUUAGAUUCUUCAGCUCUGUUUCAACCUCUGAGAUCGCUGCCGCCGGAGGAGGCGGCGGCAGUGACGGCGACGGUGAAGGUGAAGGUGAAAAUGGGGGACCCAUUUGCCGAACUGAGGUGUUAUCUGAAGAAGAAGCUCAAAUAGCUGAAAAGAUUCAUUCUUUAAUCAAAGAUCAUCACCGGAAAAACCCUACAGCUACUCCUACUUCCAUUCCCUUAAACCCUAACAUCACUUUCCCAACUCUCUCCUUCGAUUUUUCUAGUAUCUCCGAUAACCGGUCCAUUUCCCCGCCGGUCGUCAGCCGGGUUAUCGAGAAAUGCGGGUCGGUUCGUCAUGGCAUCCCAUUUUCACAGGCUCUAGCUUUCUUCAAUUGGGCUGCAGUUCGUGAUUCGUGUGGAUCUUUCUUAAACCCUGAGCCUUACAAUGAAAUGAUUGAUCUUGCUGGAAAGGUACGUCAAUUUGAUGUUGCUUGGCAUUUGAUUGAUUCAAUGAAGCUGAAAAAUAUCAAAAUACCAAUUGAAACUUUUUCGAUUUUGAUUCGUCGUUAUGUUCGUGCUGGUCUUGCUUCUGAAGCUGUUCAUACGUUUAAUCGAAUGGAGGAUUAUGAUUGUAAGCCAGAUAGGAAUGCUUUUUCUAUAGUUAUAGGGAUUUUGUGUAAGAAAAGAAGGGCAGCUGAAGCACAAUCAUUUUUCGAUAGCUUGAAGGAUAAAUUCGAGGCUGAUGUUGUGUUAUACACUAGUUUGGUUCAUGGUUGGUGUCGAGCAGGUAAUAUAUCCGAAGCAGAAAGGAUUUUUCGAGAUAUGAAGGAUGCAGGGGUCCAGCCUAAUGUGUAUACUUAUUCUAUUGUGAUUGAUGCAUUGUGUAGGUCGGGGCAAACUACUCGUGCCUAUGAUGUUUUUUCGGAGAUGAUUGAUGUUGGUUGUCAACCUAAUGCUAUUACGUUUAAUAACCUUAUGCGUGUCCAUGUAAAGGCAGGGAGAACAGAGAAGGUACUCCAGGUGUAUAAUCAGAUGAAGAGAUUAUCAUGCUCUCCUGAUGUUAUCACGUAUAACUUUUUGAUCGAUGCUCAUUGUAGGGAUGAGAAUCGCGAUGAAGCUCUUAAGGUGGUUAACGUUAUGGCUAAGAAACGAUGUGAACCAAAUGCUUCUACUUUUAACCCUAUUUUUAGGUGCAUUGCCAAGGCUCGUGAUGUAAAUGCUGCUCAUCGAUUGUAUGCCAAGAUGAAGGAGUUGAACUGUAAGCCUAAUACAGUGACGUGCAAUAUAUUGAUGAAGAUGUUUGUGGAAUCAAAAUCUACUGACAUGGUUAUCAAGCUCAGAAAAGAAAUGGACGAGAAUGAAGUAGAGCCUAACGUGAACACUUUCAAGAUUCUGAUUUCCAUGUACUGUGGGAUGGGACAUUGGAAUAAUGCUUAUAAGUAUUUCAGAGAAAUGAUCGAGGAGAAGUGCUUGAGACCAAGUGAGUCGGUUUAUGACAUGGUUCUAAAACAAUUAAGGAAGGCAGGGCAACUAAGGAAACACGAAGAAUUGGUAGAGAAGAUGGUUGAUCGGGGAUUUGCUACUCGUUCUGUGUAAAAGGCAUUUGGAAUGUAGAACAUAUCAAAGCUUGGAGGAGAGAAGCCUUUUUCGAUCUUGUAUUGGGGGCAUUCGGGGUGGUCAUCUGAAUCGCUAGCCGCGGCAACGAUCUAAACGACUGCAGCCUCUGUGAUAAUGAUUAGCUGGAGUUUUUGUUUUCUUAGCUCCAACACUAAGAUUUAGUGGAAGUUUUAUGUAUUUUUUGCUGCCUGAAACCUCUGCAGAGCUUGAAAAUGCGACAAGUAAAAUGAAGCAAACAGAAAUAACAACGUUAAUGUUUUUGUUUCCACUUGUUGAAGCCAUUUCUUGGUUAUGUUUUUUUUUUGUGUGGAUAUUAGAGACUAAAAAUUCGUUAAUAUUUA